AUGUGGCGGCGGAAAGCGUGGAUCGUCGUGCGUCGCACGCUGCUUUCACUCCCUGUGGCCGUCGCGUUCGUGGACUGCGUGGCGUACGUCGCCAAGGUCGAGGGGGUCUCCAUGCAACCCGAACUGAACCCGGAGCCGGACUCCUCUACCGACUACGUGCUGCUCAACCGUUGGGCUUCGCGGCACUGCCAGGUUCAGCGCGGGGACGUGAUCGCUAUCACGUCGCCGCGGGACCCGGGCCAGAAGCUCAUCAAGCGCGUCGUGGCCCUCGAAGGAGACACGGUCCGCACGCUCACCUACCGCGACCGCUUCGUCACCGUGCCGCGGGGCCACUGCUGGGUCGAAGGGGACAACCACGGCAAGAGUCUGGACAGUAACAGCUUCGGCCCCGUCGCCCUCGGGCUGCUGGUGGCGAGGACGUCCCACCGUGUGUGGCCGCCGUCGCGCUGGGGACGCCUCGAACCCCGAGAACCGGACGGGGAGAGGCUGCUGCCGCACAAGCCGCGGAGCUGGCUGAUCACGUACGACGAGGCCGAAUGAGCCUCCGCAUCCUCAGGAUCCGGCUUCCGUCCCUAGGACGCGUUGCAGCGAUGAAGCCGUUCAACAUGAUCGCUCGCUUGUACCGAGGUAUACAAGGUUUUAGGAAUCGGGAGGCUCGCUCUAAAAUGGACCGGACAAAUCGGCGCCUCCUCGUAAGGAGCUCAAACGUUAUCCGAAAGUGUGUUUUAGCGACUCACUUUGCCUCGUAAAAUUACGAAACCUACCUUCCUCCCUGUGAAAAGUUAGGUCAGUAUUAGUGGCAUUCUCAAAGGUGGAUACUGACACAAACGACCGCGCUAUCCGAAGGUUGUGGCGCCAUCUCCUGAGGGGCGCAGCGAGGAGACGUGAGCAGUCGGUUCAAAGCAGACGGCGCCGUCGUAUGCUUGCUGCAGCUGUCGGGAGGUGGCACCACAAGCCAUAACUCUCGGCCAUCUCAGUCACCCGCCUUUCAAAGUGUCACAAAUGUUAGUAUAAUCUUCUACAUCUUGAAAUUUCGCGAGGUAAAAUACACCACUAAGAUGCACCUUUGGUGGAUGUUUGAGUUUGUUAUGUGCACACACCGAUUUUUCCGGUCGAAAUAAGACCGAGCUUGGGAUUUGUAACACCCUAUACAUUGUGCUCACCUGCGUACACUUUGUGCAACAACCUGGGAGGGUUGUGGCUUCGUCUUGUGGUGGCUGGGCAGCGACCGCGUCGACCUGCUCCAAGAAAUUGUUGUACAGUCGAGAUGACGGCUAAACAGCUUCAUCCCCGCAGUGUUGAGCUUUGAAUGGACAUUCCAGCGUCGGGACACCUCAAUGGCAGACACACGGACCCAAAACUGGAGCAGGGACAUGACUGCGCCUGCCGUGUACUGAGUGGACUACCUGGGGAUUCCACUUUCGGCAUUGUCGAAUUGCCUCUUUCUGUUCCUCGAAGAGUUUGCAAGCACGCAAAAUUUGAUGAAAUUGUAGGUGCUUUUCUCAUGAACUGCUUUAGAGUGGAGAAUUAAACCCGAGUGUUUAAUUAAAUAAUAAAACUGAAAGACCAA